AUGGUCCCCCCGCCCUCGCCGACGCCCGACGCCGUCCUCCCGCUCCUCCACUGCCCCAUCUGCCACCCUUCCCGCCCCCUCUCCGUGCCCCUCACCCUCCGCUGCGGCCACACCGUCUGCGCAGAACAUCUCCACGGCGACCCCCUCACCCGCUGCCCCCUCCCCACCUGCUCCGGUGCGCCUGCGCCCACCACCCUCGCACCCCAUCCUGACUCUGGCGUCACCCUCGUCCCGCCUCCCGCCCAUUUUCGCCACAGCCAACGCGAGGACGACGCCCCGGAUCUCCUCGCCCACGCCCAUGUCGACAUCACCGUGAACAAGCUCCUCGGCCUCGUCCAGCGCGCGCAGGCAUGGUUUGAAGAGGGAGACGAGCGAGUCCCCGCUUUCGAGGCAUCGGAUACGGAGAGUGAAAGCGAAGGCGAGCGAGUGGACGAUCCAACUGAGGGUCUCUACUACGACCCUCCCGAGGCAUCAUCCUCGAACACCGACCAACCCUCCCACAGCGUCGCAGGCCCCUCUACCUCACGACCGCGCUCCCCCUCCCCAACUUAUUCUCCACCUCGACCGCGUAAACGCCGCCGCCGCCUCCACCCGCCUCCACCCGCUUCUCGGCGCCCCACCGAUCGCGAACGGGAACGCGAGCGCGACCCUGCCGCGCGUUUCGAGAAGGAGCUCCUUGCCGAGCUGACGUGCGAGAUCUGCUUCGCGCUGCUUCUGCAGCCAGUCACGACGCCGUGCCAACAUACAUUCUGCGCGAGCUGUCUACACCGCGCGCUCGACCACAGCAGCGCGUGCCCGCUCUGCCGCACCGCUCUCCCAGAUUAUACCUACUUCCAGGAGCACCCGUGCAACCGGGUCGUUCUCGCGAUACUGUUGAAGGCGUUCCCGGGCGCGUAUGAGGAACGGCGCGCAGCGCUUGAGGCGGAAGAGCGAGAUGCACGGCUCGACACGCCUGUGUUUGUGUGUCAGCUGAGCUUCCCGGGCAUGCCGACGAUGCUACACUUUUUUGAACCCAGGUACCGUCUGAUGCUCCGCCGGUGUCUCGCAACGCCCAAUCCGCGCUUCGGGAUGAUCCCACCGCCGCGCGCGGCUCCCUCCGCUGCGUCCUAUGCCGUACCCCGAUCUACUGCCUCCGCCGCAUCCGCCUCUACGUCGACGGCAAAUUUGCCCUCUGCGGCGGGCAACCCCGCGCCGGUGGCGCAGUCGACGGGGAACGAGUACGGGACGAUGUUGGAGAUACGGAACGUGCAGAUGCUGCCGGACGGGCGGAGCGUGGUGGAGACGUGGGGUGCGUGGCGGUUUCGGAUCGUGGAACGGGGAACACUGGAUGGGUAUGUGGUGGCGAGGGUGGAGCGGGUGGAUGAUUGGGAAGAGGAAGAGGCGGAUGGGGGAGCGGGCGAGGGACGAUCUGGGACGGGAGGUGCGAGUGAUGGGGCUGGGGACGCGGUUUCGGAAGGUGGGGGAAGGGAUGCGGAAGGGGGAGGAGGAGCGAGAGGGAGAGGCAUCGGGGAGAGGUCCAGGGCGCGGACGAAUGCGGACUUGAUGGCGACGUGCCAUGCGUUUCUGGACGAGCUGCGUGCGGGGACGCCGUGGGUCGUGCACCAGCUGAAUACGGCGUACGUGCCGAUGCCGGAGGACCCGGCGGCGUUCAGUUUCUGGAUGGGCGCGGUGAGUUCUUCUCCCUGUACGAGUGCGCUUCCAGCUAAUCAAGCGGGACAGCUCCUGCCGAUCGACGAGCACGAAAAGGCGAAGCUCCUCCCGAUCCGCUCAGCGCGCCUUCGUCUACGGCUCGUCGUGCACUGGAUCGAGCAGCUGCAGAGCAACUGGUGGUUCUCUGGUGGCUGCGUCGUGUGCUGA